AUGCUUCCCUUCUCAUUCUUACCGACAUUUUACAGAGCUCGUUGCUUAAACCUAACAACGUUGACAAUAACGAGAAAUUUGAUGAAAACUCAUAAGGGGACGGCUAAGAGAUGGAGACGAACGGCACAAAGCUUUAAGAGGGGUAUUGCUGGUAGAAAUCACGGUAAUGCCGGGUGGUCAAGACGUUCUCUAAAACAUUUAUCUGGAAGAAAAGACGCUGAUCCAUCAUAUCUUAGACACUUGAAAAGACUCAUGCCAUAUAAAUAG